AGCUUUCAACUCCAAACUGGUCUUGAGAUCUCACCUCAGUCUCUAACCUUGACGUCUAACCUCUUCACCCACUCUCUUACCUGACCCUAAUUUUUAAAAAUGACGUGGUCAGCUUUUCAGCCCCCUCAUUCCCUGUUUUUAGGAGGUAGUGAGUGGAAGCUGGAAUAAGAAAGCUCGGGGAGACUGCAAUUGCAGUCAGGAAAGAAAGGUACUCUGCCGGGAAGAACACGCCAUCUUCUCCUAGGGAAAGAUUGUGGAGUCCUGGGGUUUGUUUUGUUUUUCAAUUUUUUGUUUUAAGAGACAGCGUCUCGCUCUGUCACCCAGGCUGGAGUGCAGUGGCGCAAUCACGGCUCACUGCAACUUCGACCUCCCCGACUCAAGUGAUCCCCCCGCCUCAGCCUCGUGAGUAGCUGGGACCACAGGCGUGCACCACCACGCCCGGCUAAUAUUUUAUUUUUUGUGGAUAUAAGGUUGCCCUAUUUCUUUGUGGAGAUACAGGCUCCCCUAUGUUGCCCAGGCUGGUCUCGAACUCCUGGCUUCAAGCGAUGCUUUCGCCUCGGCCUCCACAAAGUGCUGGGUUCACAGGUGCGUGAGCCACCGCGCCCGACCUGUGUCUCGUUUUGAAGCUCAGGGAGGGGGCGCUGUGAGCAAUCCCUAAACCCUUUAAGAGUAAAAAGUGCGUGCACCUUUAAGAGGAGGGUUAGAAAACGCGGGGCGUGGCCACAGGAGAAUAAGUUCGCGCUGAACCACGAGAGUGGGAUAAGACCGGCCCCUUCCGGUUACAAAACGUUAGCAAGAUGGCGGCUCCCUGGGCGUCCCUGCGCCUGGUCGCCCCCGUGUGGAAUGGGCGUAUCAGGGGCAUCCAUCGCCUGGGUGGGGCAGUGGCCCCAGAAGGCAAUCAGAAGAAGAAAAGGACAAUACUCCAGUUCCUGACCAACUAUUUCUACGAUGUGGAGGCUCUGAGGGAUUACUUACUCCAAAGGGAGAUGUACAAGGUGCAUGAGAAAAAUCGGUUUCGAGACAAGGAGUGGAUCAGGCCAGAUAAGUAUGGCCAUUUCUCUCAGGAGUUCUGGAAUUUCUGUGAAGUGCCUGUCGAAGCUGUGGAUGCCAGUGACUGUGACAUCAACUACGAGGGCCUGGACAACCUCCUCCGCCUGAAGGAGCUCCAGUCCUUGUCGCUGCAGCGCUGCUCCCACGUGGACGACUGGUGUCUCAGCCGCCUCUACCCACUGGCCGACUCGUUGCAGGAGCUCUCGCUGGCCGGUUGCCCCCGCGUCUCCGAACGGGGCCUCGCCUGCCUCCACCACCUCCAGAACCUCCGCAGGCUGGACAUCUCGGACCUCCCUGCCGUGUCCAACCCUGGCCUCACUCAAAUCUUGGUGGAGGAGAUGCUGCCCAAUUGCGAGGUUGUGGGGGUCGACUGGGCCGAGGGCCUGAAGUCGGGGCCGGAGGAGCAGCCUCAGGACACAGCCAGCCCUGUCCCUGCCUAGCCUUCAGCCCUGUCCCCACUCACGUGGCUUCUCAGCGGGCUGCAUAGAAUGUCUGGUAGCUCACCACACUUCUGGCUUCCAUUUGUCUUCACUCAAUGUCAGGGUGGGGGAGUGGUGCUGGCCAAUCACAGGAGAGAGCAUGAGUUCCCAGUAUUUAUUCCUGGCUGCCCUUGGCUAAAGGUCACAGCUCCUGUCACCCUGUCAGGCAGCCCUUUCCAUGCCCCUGUUCAGGCCUGGGGAGGUAAAGGCUCAGGCUGUUAGUAGCCGCAGAGAGCCACGCUCACCUUGUCAAGAGACUCUUCUCAAACUGUCGUUAUGUGAGUGCACUGCCAUUUCUUGUAGGGACCCUGACUGACACAGGGGCUACUACUGACACUUUACAGGGAUGGUUCUCCCCCGUGCAGGGCCGCUGUGCCCACUGCAGGACAUGCAGCAUCCUUCGCCCCACUCCACUCACUAAAGGCCAGCGCACCCCAGGCCCCAUGGUAUUGCUGGUUAUGGAUUUAUUGACUUUACGUUCCAAAUUCAGCUUUUUCAGUUGGCUGUUUUUUGAAAGGGCAUAAGCUUUGUCAGUAGAGGGCACCAAACAGGCAUUAUAGGAGGAAAGGCGCCUCCUUCGUGGUUCUUGUUGGUUGUGCUUCUGCCUCUGGACGCCGCAGUGCAUGUGGCUUCCCCAGCACCCAGCUCCUGAAGCACCAGGCGGUCAGCAGCUGCCCUUGGCACCCUCCAGCCCUCAGAAGUUGCGUAGGAGACACAGCGCCUCCACUGAGGCACCUCUCUGGGAAUAACGUUCCCCAGCACCUCAAAUGGAUUUCCAGUCAAUUCAGAAGCAUUUUACCAGUGAAGCCCUCAUUAUUCCAGUUCACUGUUUAAAGCCAGUAAUUCUCUAUAUUAAACUUUCCCUGUUCAAGUUA